UUUGAGAAAUUAUAUGAGAGAGAGAUGAAAGCUGGACUAACAAUGAGAAUAUUUUGAAUCUUCAAACUCCGUUUCAAAGCUAAUCGGAAUCUGAAAAUCAGAUCACAUCGUGCGGAAAAGGAAGAAGGGAGAGGAUGAUACGAGCAGUAAUAGUAAUGAAUAAUCAAGGCAAGCCUCAUCUUGUCAAAUUCUACGAUUAUCAGCCUGCGAAGAAGCAACACGAGCUCAUCCGGAGUAUCUAUACAGUUCUGUGCAGCAGGACUGAGAAUGUGAGCAACUUCAUCCGCGCAGAUCCUGUUUUUGGACCAGAUGCUAAGCUUGUCUAUAACAACUUCUCAACACUGUACCUUGUCUUUGUAUUUGAUAACACUGAAAGUGAACUGGCAAUGCUAGAUCUGAUGCAAGUUUUUGUGGAGAUUCUGGGCAAAUGUUUUAGCAAAGUAUGUGAACUCGACAUUGUGUUCAAUUUCAACAAGGUGCAUGCGAUUCUAGAUGAGAUUGUGUUAGGAGGUCAAGUUCUUGAGACAAAUUCUUCUGUUGUUGUGAAGGCUGUUGAAGAAAUUUCCAGGCAUGCAAAUCUCUUUCACAUUGUUUUCAUGAUCAGACCAAUUUUUCUUUUUACAUCAUGAUGUUGAUUAUCAGUGUCAUGCAGGUUGGAAAAGGCAAAUGCAAUCUUAUUAAUUCCAAAAUCCAUUAAUGCUGGCAUACUAGAUAAUGAUAGUUCAUACAUUUUUAUUUUAAAAAAUUCAUAUAUUUAUAUGAAUGUUACUUCUAAUCAUACCAACAAUCUUAUAACAUAGUUUUGUAUGCCCAUUUAAAAACACCUUAUAGGCUUAUAGAUCUAUAUGAUAUCAGUGUUUAUGCUUAGUAUCUUCGAUAUCUGUCAAUUAUGUACUAAAUUGAAACAACUUUAAGGACUGGAAAGAAAAUAUUUUAAUUAUCUUGGUUGUAUAGAUUUAGACAUUGCCCUUCAGAUUAAUCGACCCACUAUUACGGUUAAGGGUACUUAUGAUGAAAAAAGGGACCUUGAAGAG